AUGCCAAUUUGGUGGCACGCGGGGUCUGGCCAUGGGUCCUUGGACAAUGGGAGCUUGUCUAUCUCGGUGCAUGUCGCAGCGAGAAGCCGUCCUGCUCACCACGCAAUCCUGGGUUCGGCUCGUCGGCCAACAGGCCCGUGA